CUGACUCUUGAUCUAAGACCUCUGCUCGACGUCUCCGUCCUCCAAUUUUUCGCACCCCACUCCAGCCCCCUUAUCCUCUGGAAUGGAUUUCGAAGUUGAAUGUGUCGAAAUCCGUGUUCGGGAAUCUGAACUGAACGAGCUGAUUCCCCGGUAAUAACAACAAGCGCAAUCAUCCACCUCCACCCAUCUUAUUGGCCUCUUCGGUGCUCUGGUUUUUGGUCCUGAACAUCAUCAUAUUCCGCGAUAUAGGAUGAAUACACUGCCUUACCCCCUUUCCCCUCUAUGUAUUUUUCAAUCCACCUCCCCCCUCUGUCAACCACCCCUGUAUCAUAUUAAUGCCUCCACGCCCCAUUCAGACCUUAUAUUCGUACGCAGGCCUGACAAUCCUUCACCUCACACAUUUCCGGCUUAGUUUAUGUAAGUUACAUCCAAAUAACCCUGGACGCUUGCUGCGAAACCGAUUAAAACUGUCGCGCACAAUUCUGAAAGGAAACCUUAGAGGAAAAUGCCCAUUUAUGUCUUGCGAUACAA